AUGGGUAACCUGUGCACCUCAACGAAGAGUGCCAACGACGGGCGGCGACAACCAGACUCGCGAAGAAAAGGGUCCGGCUCCACUACGGGCUUCUCCCCCACGGAGGAUCUUGGGUACGUUCCCGAGCAAGAUGACGGAGGCGGGGGCGCGGCGGCGGCGGCGGCACUGGGGGGGGCGGCAUCAGCAACAACAAACGGCGGGUCGGUUGGAAACGGCCAGCAGGUGUCUGCAUCACAGGUAGAGGUGAGCACGACGGGUGCGGCGGGGCUCGCGGGGUCGGGAGGAGGCGAGCGGAGUCGAGCGCGAGAGCGAACCUCGAACCUCAGCAACGGUUCCGGCGGCGAAGCCCCCCUCAAUCGCAGCAGGCGCGGCACGUCUUCAUCGGGAGCGACAGCGGCGGCGGCGGCGGCGGCAGCGGCGGCAGAAGCCGACGCAAGGAACGGCGUCUCUCCCGGAGCGGCGGCUGCUGCUGCUGACGACACCGGCGGCGGCGAGAGAGGAGGCGAGCGGGAAUCAUCGCGGCGGCGCCGCGACUCCGCCGGCAGGAGCGGCAAGGACGGCGAGGACCGCCGCCGCUCCUCCCGGCGCUCGAGGUCCUCGCGCAAGGACGGCCUCGCGAGCGUCGAGGGCAAGUCCUCCUCGAGGGGCCGAGAGAAAGGGUCCUCGACGGGGGGAGGAGGCGGAGGCUCCCGGCGGCGGGAUAGCGAGCGCGGGCCUUAG